AGCCGGGACCGCCGCGAGGGCGGCCGCACGCGGGCCGCGCGCCCAGGAUGCGGGACUAGCGAGCGGGCUGCGCGCGGCCGUCGGGGCGGCGAGGCCUCGCGGCGGGCGGGCCCCGGCGGGGCGUCCCCGGGCGCCGCCCCCUGCGCCCUGAGGCCCCGGCCCGGCUGCUUCUGCUUUCCCGCUUCUCGCGGCAGCGGCGGCCGAGGAGGCGCCCACGCCGGCCGCCCUCGGGGGAGCCGCGCCGCCGCCGCCCGCCCGGCGCCCUGACGGCCGCUGGUAUGCGUAUUCCUGUAGACCCGAGCACCAGCCGCCGCUUCACACCUCCCUCCACGGCCUUCCCCUGCGGCGGCGGCGGCGGCGGCGGCGGCGGCGGCAAGAUGGGCGAGAACAGCGGCGCGCUGAGCGCGCAGGCGGCCGUGGGCCCCGGCGGGCGCGCCCGGCCCGAAGUGCGCUCGAUGGUGGACGUGCUGGCGGACCACGCGGGCGAGCUCGUGCGCACCGACAGCCCCAACUUCCUCUGCUCCGUGCUGCCCUCGCACUGGCGCUGCAACAAGACGCUGCCCGUCGCCUUCAAGGUGGUGGCUCUGGGGGAUGUGCCAGAUGGAACGCUGGUGACUGUGAUGGCGGGCAAUGACGAGAACUACUCCGCUGAACUGCGCAAUGCCUCGGCCGUCAUGAAGAACCAAGUGGCCAGGUUCAAUGACCUCCGCUUCGUGGGCCGCAGCGGGCGAGGGAAGAGUUUCACACUGACCAUCACCGUGUUCACCAACCCCACCCAAGUGGCCACCUACCACCGAGCCAUCAAGGUGACCGUGGAUGGACCCCGGGAGCCCAGACGGCACCGGCAGAAGCUGGAGGACCAGACCAAGGCGUUCCCCGACCGCUUCGGGGACCUGGAGCGGCUGCGCAUGCGGGUGACACCGAGCACGCCCAGCCCCCGAGGCUCGCUCAGCACCACGGGCCACUUCAGCAGCCAGGCCCAGACCCCCAUCCAAGGCACCUCGGACCUGAACCCUUUCUCCGACCCCCGCCAGUUUGACCGCUCUUUCCCAGCGCUGCCGACCCUCACGGAGAGCCGCUUCCCUGACCCCAGGAUGCAUUACCCCGGGGCCAUGUCGGCCACCUUCCCCUACAGCGCCACGCCCUCAGGCACCAGCAUCAGCAGCCUCAGCAUGGCCAGCAUGCCGGCCACCACCCGCUUCCACCACACCUACCUCCCGCCGCCCUACCCCGGGGCCCCGCAGAACCAGGGCGGGCCCUUCCAGGCCAACCCGUCCCCCUACCACCUCUACUACGGCGCCUCCUCCGGCUCCUACCAGUUCUCCAUGGUGGCCGGCAGCAGCAGCAGCGGGGGCGACCGCUCGCCCACCCGCAUGCUGACCUCCUGCACCAGCAGCGCCGCCUCCGUCGCCGCCGGCAACCUCAUGAACCCCAGCCUGGGCGGCCAGAGCGACGGCGUGGAGGCCGACGGCAGCCACAGCAACUCGCCCACCGCGCUGAGCACGCCGGGCCGGAUGGACGAGGCCGUGUGGCGGCCCUACUGACCACCCAGGUCAAGGUGGACUGCUCCGGCUGGUGGCGGGAACCCCCAGAACCUUUCCGACAGGUGGCCGGCCCAGCUCCGAGGCUCAAGGCGGGAGUGGGACUUAUGCUCCAGGGCAGUCGUGGGCCCAGGGUCCGCGGUCCUGGGGCCUGUGGCUGGUGGGUGGCUCUGAGAGUGUCUAGUCCAGCCACAUCUUUGUACAGAGGGGUAGGGACCUCCCCCAGGACACUGCCCCCAGCCCAGGUCCUAGUCAUCUCAGCCCACAUUCCUGUGGGAACAGUAUCCUCCUCUCGCCACCUUCCCUGGAAUGACCAGGCUGUCCCCAGCUAUGCCGGUGCUGGGUCAGGGGCCCAGGUCUCCUGGGACAGAGGCCAUCUCUGCUCCAGAGAGAGGUGGCAUGUGCCUACCUGUCUUGGCCUUUUAUCCACAGGGCCCUGGAAAGACCCCCCCAUCCCUCCCACUUUCCUCAGAGACCCUGUACCCCGUGGGCCCAGCCCUCCCCCUGCAUUUACACAAACUGAGUCAGAACUGGAAGGACCCCCACCCCUGAGGGGGUUUCCCCUCCUUGUAUAGAUGGCGAGAGGACCCGGGAAAUUGCUGCCAGAGAUGGGAUGAGAGCACCCCCAAGCCAGUCUGCCCAGCUCUGCUCCCCCACAAUUCCCACCAGCUAAGAAGCCCCGUCCCCAUCCCACUCUCUGUGGGUCCUGGGCCCCAGAGUAGACUCGCCCAUGGCCUCAGGUCCCUAAAGCCAGGGAAGGCACCUGCAGACGAGUCCUCCAAGCACUUUACCAGCCCACGGCAUUCAUCUCUGUUCUCGUGUUGGGGGGCCGGGGAUUCCCCUUCCCCCUAGGCUGGUCUCAAAAUUGCCGUUUUUGGAGAGAGCACAGGGACCAGAUAGGACAGGUCCUAGCAGAAAGUAUUGGGACGAGAGGUCAUGGGGUCAGAUGUCAGCGUCCUUGUCCCACCCAGAUCCAGCCAAGCUGUGCACACCCCCACCCUCCCAGCCUUGUGGGAAGGCCCAGCCAGAUCUUCCCACCUCUGACACACCACUCUCCAUCUGUAACCAGCCUGUGCUCCAAAAGCAGUCUGGAACAAAACUCAGUUUUUAAAGCUGAUUUUAGAAAAAAAAAGCUUCAGUCAAACGUUGUCAAACACAUGGUCUCUUACAGGUAAAGCCCCAGGAUAGUGGACGAUAUCCCUUCCCCCUGCUGUGAGAGUGGAAUUGUUAGGAUCUCAGCACCUCCUCAGGAGGUCACCUUCCUUCAGCAGUGUCCCACCAACUGCCACGAAAAGCCAGCCCUGGUGGGGACCACGUGAGACGCGGGUGAGAUGCUGGGAUCUCACAUCCACAGCUCUUAGAUGUUUGCCGGGGAGGAUGUGUGGGUGUCCUGGUAGAGGUGGGCGGGGUGUGAGAGGUGGAGAGCUGCAUGACGGCAGAACAGAAGAGCUGUGAGGGGCUCACCAGCUGCAGCUCGGUGCACACUGUGCUCAGAGGUCAAGUAUCGCCCCUUCAUUUUGCAAAUGGGAAAGCAAGCCCUGCCCCAGGGUUUGGGCUGCGUGGAUUCUCAUGUCUUGGUUCUUUAGUUCUAGAAAGGCUUACAUGGAUAAGGACAAGAAAACUCUUCUGAGGGCUAGACAGCAUGUGGUUUUUAGUAAUUAUUUCAGCCACAUCCUCUGUGGACGUGGAAAUCUCACCUACAGAAUGCUCCUUGGUGGUUGUCUCUGCAAUAGCAUUCAGCCUGCCAUCCACCCCAACCUGUAACGACAGCCAGAUAUGCACACCGGAUGCACUCUGGCAGGCUAGGUAGUCCUUCUGGUGGUCUUAUUCAAACCCCUCAUGCUACCGUUUGUCUUGUCCUGCCCUCCCUGGAAAAAGCAGUCUCCAUCUCUUCAAAAUAGCAGCUGGGGGGUCCUGCUUACCCCCGACACCCAGGGGUGCUCUCCACCCCUUCCAAGGAAGCAGCCCCUGACCCAUCCCAUUGCCUCUGGACCUUCUUCACUCCUGUUCUCUGUGGUUGUAGACUGGCCCCAGGCCCAUGUGGGAGGCCCCCUGGGUCCCCAGUGCCCAGCACUUUGUAGCCCCCACCCCCAGAUGACUCCUGCUUCCUGAUAUCCAAGCCCUGGUGGGGGCAGGGGCAGGAAAUAAAUUGACCCCCACCCUACUCCCUGAGUAAAAGUGAUAGCAGCCGUGCUGAGUCUGUUUUUAAGGCCCAUAGUGGGUACAGACAAUGUGGGCUAGUAAAAAUGGGUCCUUGUUUGCAAGGCUGCUUUAAGGUUGUACUAGGCAAACACACUGAUUUAGAAAGCACAAGGCCACGAAGGGGUUUUUACACCGUGUUACUAUAAGGCUGUUGGCAGUGGGUAGAAAUCCUCUGUGACAUAUUGUCAUGCUGAGGUGUCGGUACCUGCCACACUCAUAUCUUCCGUCAAACCGUCCCGGAGCUGGGAAGAGGGUGGGAGGGGUGGAAACCGCUUUGCACUAUAAUUUGCUUGGUGUGUUUGUUUUUAAUGCACAACUUGCUUGUACAGUAAACUGUCUGUCUUCUGUACUAUUUAACUGUAAAAUGGAAUUUUGACUGAUUUGUUACAAUAAUAUAACUCUGAGAUGUGUUGAAGGUUCCCAA